AUGUCCUACCUUCAAAACCAGCUCAAGAACUUCAACGCCAGCGUUAUGGAAUCCGCGAACCGCAUGCCUCAGCAGAGGCGAAUGGGCGGUAACCAGCCUGCGUCCGGCACCAGCUCACAAGUCCCAUCCUCCGCGCCGACCCCACCUUCCUCGACCGAUCUGAAGAAGAAGAGACAUGAUCCCGAUAUCGUCUACUCUCAGCCAGCGAACACUGGCACGGGUAAGGAUAUCAUGACCCAGGUGCUUUUUGCGAUCGAACACAUGAAGAACAAGGGCGUGCCUCUCAGAUUCAGCGAUAUCAUAUCAUAUCUGUCUCUUCAGCACCGUGCACACGACCAAGGCUAUGUCCAGGCACUCCGGAGCAUUCUGCGAAUGCACGAAAAGGUCGAAUAUGACCCAAGCGGCGCAGACGGCGAAGGCACCUUUGCCUUUCGUCCCCCUCACAACAUUCGUAACCCGGAACAACUGCUUCAAAAGCUACAGGCCCAAACAACUGCAGCUGGAAUGAGCGUUCGGGAGCUUCGAGAGGGAUGGCCGAAUGUCGAGGAGUCUAUCAAUACUAUGGAGAAAGAGGGGAAGUUGCUUGUCACUCGAAACAAAAAGGAUGAUCACGCCAAAAUGAUUUGGGCAAAUGACCCGUCGUUGAUCGAGAACUUUGAUACCGAGUUCAAGGCUAUUUGGGAGAAGAUCAAAAUUCCGGAUGCGCAGGCUGUGAAGGAGGCUUUGGAAAAAGCAGGUAUUACCCCAACCAACAAAAACAAGGUUGUCAAGGCUCGUCCUAAAGUUGAGAAGUCUAAGCCCAAGAAGCCUCGACGGAGUGGGAAGACGACCAAUACCCACAUGAUGAGCAUUCUCCGCGAUUACUCACACCUGAAACGGUGA